AGGGUAGUUCUCGAGGCUCUGAAGGAGCAUGGAGCUGGGCGGAAGCAGGACGCCGAGAGAACUACAUGCAGGAGGCGGGGUCCAGAGCGAGGAAUCUACGCGGCUAGCAGUGGUGAGGGCGGCUGUAGCGGCAGCAUGAAGCGGACCCCGACCGCCGAGGAACGAGAGCGCGAAGCUAAGAAACUGAGGCUUCUUGAGGAGCUUGAAGAUACCUGGCUUCCUUAUCUGACCCCCAAGGAUGAUGAAUUUUAUCAGCAGUGGCAGCUGAAAUAUCCUAAACUAAUUCUCCGCGAAGCCGGCAGCGUCCCCGAGGAGCUCCAUAAAGAAGUUCAAGAAGCCUUCCUCACACUGCACAAGCAUGGCUGCUUCUUUCGGGACCUGGUUAGGAUCCAGGGCAAAGAUUUGCUCACUCCGGUAUCUCGCAUCCUCAUCGGAAACCCAGGCUGCACCUACAAGUACCUGAACACCAGGCUCUUUACGGUACCCUGGCCAGUGAAGGGUGCUAGUACGAGAUACGAGGAGGCUGAAAUAGCGGCUGCUUGUCAGACCUUCCUCAGGCUCAAUGACUACCUGCAGAUAGAGACCAUCCAGGCUCUGGAAGAACUCGCCUGCAAAGAGAAGUCAAAUAUCGAUGCCGUGCCAGUGUGUAUAGGGCCAGACUUCCCCCGGGUCGGUAUGGGGUCCUUCGAUGGGCAGGAUGAGGUGGACAUUAAGAACAGAGCGGCGUACAAUGUCACUUUGUUGAAUUUCAUGGAUCCCCAGAAAAUGCCAUACCUGAAAGAGGAGCCUUACUUUGGCAUGGGGAAAAUGGCCGUGAGCUGGCAUCACGAUGAAAACCUCGUGGAGCGCUCAGCGGUGGCGGUGUAUAGUUAUAGCUGUGAAGGCCCUGAAGAGGAGAGUGAGGAUGAUCCCCAGCUUGAAGGCAGAGAUCCUGAUACUUGGCAUGUUGGUUUUAAGAUCUCGUGGGACAUAGAGACACCCGGUCUGGCAAUACCCCUUCACCAAGGAGACUGCUAUUUUAUGCUUGAUGAUCUCAAUGCCACCCACCAACACUGCGUUUUGGCUGGUUUACCACCUCGAUUUAGUUCCACCCACCGAGUGGCAGAGUGCUCCACCGGAACCUUGGAUUAUAUCUUACAGCGCUGCCAGGUGGCUCUGCAGAAUGUCCGUGACGGGGCAGACGGUGGUGAUGCUUCUUUGAAAUCCUUUGAGCCCGCGGUUCUGAAACAAGGAGAGGAAAUCCACAAUGAGGUUGAGUUCGAGUGGCUGAGACAGUUUUGGUUUCAAGGCAACCGAUACAGAAAAUGCAGUGAUUGGUGGUGUCAGCCCAUGGCCCAACUGGAGGAACUGUGGAAGAAGAUGGAAGGUGUGACAAAUGCUGUGCUUCGUGAAGUUAGAAGAGAGGGGGUCCCCGUGGAACAAAGGAACGAAAUCUUGACUGCCAUUCUUGCCUCGCUCACCACCCGCCAGAAUCUGAGGAGGGAGUGGCAUGCCAGCUGCCCCAGGCAUCACAUCCAGAUGUAGAAGCAACCGAGAUGGAAAGAGAUCAACUCUUCCAGUGCCUCCUUCUCAAGAGUGAGGAAAUCCUUCCUAGAAACUCUCAGUUGACCUUCUUUCCGGUCUCAUUGCCCAGAUCUGGGUCAGACGUUCGCUGCUGAACUGAAGAUUGCCAAGGGAAAUGGAAACAGCAUUAUUGGCUUUAUUAACCAAGAUUUUCUCUUGAGCUGGCGGUGGCGUCCAUUUUCUCGGAGUGUUGAAUGCGUGAAUAAAACAGGGGUUCUGUUAGCAACGAAGAAGAAGGGAAUGGUUGUUGGGGAGAGAACCAGUAGUGUCUCCCUGAUUUUUUUUUUUCUUCAUUCUCUGGCACACUCUUAGAACCAGUUAAAAUUCUGUAGCUCACGCGUUUAACAGAUAUGCGCAAACUAUACGUUACGUCCUGGGCUUUGGCCUCCGUGUAAGGUCCUCAUGUACUGUGAUCAUGCUUCGUGUUUCCUUUACGUUUUCCUAAAAACCUGCCUUGGUGCAGCUCCCCAAAGAUGGAAAUCGGGACCUCCUCUAUUUUUAUAAACUUUUGGCAUAUAGGUCUCCUAGGGAGAGACUUUUAGCACUGGCUUUUCGGUUAGAGAAGUCCUGUUUGGUAGAGAUUUAACAUCCACUACUGACACUGUGAGGGCUUCUGCUGAGACCCAGGGUUUACAGCCUGAUGCAACAAGCCUCGGUUGCAGUCUGAAUUACUCAGGCUCAGGAAGUCUUAUUCCACCGCACAGCCCAGCAUUUUGAACGUUUCACUGCUCAUUAGCCCCUCCAGCAAAAGACCAGGAGAGGGGAGGGUGGGGAUCAAGGAAUUCCUUUCAAUCAAAUACUCUUGUUUCACGUAGUUGGAGAAAUGGCUGAAAUUGCCUCCUCAAAGAGUCUUUUUGAAAAUAAUCUAGUUUAUCUCUACACUCAUUUUGCCACUAACUGUACAAAUUAUUAGUAUUACGUUUUAUUUAAAAAAAAAAAAGGCAGCAAGGUAAGAAAACACGUCCCUGGGUUGAAGAAACCAGCCUAGUUACUCCAUGCCUGACAAAUUCAGUACUAUUUUGCAGUUCUUAAGUUGAGUCAUAGGGUGCAGUUACCAUCUUUUUAUGAAUGCCUGACUUGCAGGUAUCUUUUGCCACCAGAGAUAUCAAGGUGAUCUUGGAUCAGACCUGCCCGUUCCUGGGGCACCUGGGUGGCUCAGUCAGUUGAGCGUCCGACUUCGGCUCGGGUCAUGAUCUCGCGGUUUGUGGGUUCAAGCCCUGCAUCGGGCUCUGUGCUGAUGGCUCAGAGCCUGGAGCCUGCUUUGGAUUCUGUGUCUCCCUCUCUCUCUGCCCCUCCCCUGCUCACGCUCUGUCUCUCUCUGUCUCAAAAACAAAUAAAACAUUAAAAAAAAAACAUUAAAAAAAAAAAACCUGCCCGUUCCUUCAGCCAAGUAGAUGAAAGCCCAAAAAACCACCCAUUUCCUACCUCACCAUGAUGGAGUCAUGGCUUCUGUUGUUAUUCUGGGUGGAGACAAACACAAAAAGCAAAAAAAACCCCACCUACUGUACUUGUAUACUUUUUGUUUUACAGUUUAUAAGAAUUUUUACAACGUAAUUACAUGUUCUAAUUAUGAGAUUACAUACAUUUCUACCACUUACAUAAUCAAGUGUAAUUAUACCGACUACUUGAACAGACAGUGAUAAAAAUUACUCGAAGCAAAAAUUACACGCAAAAAAAAUGCCGUUUCAGAAAGGCUUUUGGAGCAUAUACUCCGUAGCCUCCCAGGAGGUGGGUCAUGGUGAAUACAACAAAUAGCCUUCAGUAGCUUAGUUGUCCUCGGUAGGGCACGACGGAUGACUCGUAUCAUUUUGGAAGCCUCGUCUUUUUAAAACUGUUUUUCAGACAUAGCACCCGUGAUACCUAUCACCGCUACCCGUGCAGAAGCUGGUUGAAUUCCGGGUUUGUCUCCUUCUUCCCCUUACCUCCUGUGACUCUUUCCCUCUCUCCCUUCCGUUCUCUUUCCUCCUCCCUACUGCCUGCCUUUUAUCUAGGGGCCUGGAGAAGGAUUUGAAACAGUAGGCUAAUGGGGACAAAUGAACUUGGAUUCCUGGGACGUUAUUUCCCACUCGAGUAAUCCUUGGACCAAAAUGUUCGAAAGCAACUGGCUUGUAAGAGUUAACGUUAUGCUGAAAAUUUUCUACCUUACUCCUCUGACCGUGGACGAGAUCGGAAGUCAAGAUCCAUUGGGUUUCAUGGCCCUUAGGAGCAUCUGUAGCUUGGCGUCGUUGUGGAAGAGAAGCAAAGUAGAGAGAGGAAAGUAAACACAGACUACAGUGUAAGCAAAAUGAGGAACCUUUAAAAUGAAGU